AUGCGCUACGCUCUUGCAUUUGUCUCUGCUAUGUGCUUGGCCAACGCGGCCAUGGCUGCACCGGCACCUCGCUCAAACAGCAUCGUUGACGCGAAAGAUUUCGUUCCUGCUCAGCUCGCCCAACUCGAAUUGAGCGAAGAAUUCCAACCUUUCAACUGGGAAAGCGCCGACUCCAAAGUUAUGGUCGACCGCUCCUUCCACCUCUCCUUGAGCGAACCCGCCGAACUCCAAAUCACCGACUUCAUGAUGGGUGGCGAUCAAUUCGAAAUCCUUGACAAUGGUGUUUCUAUGGGCAAGACCAGCCGUGCCAACGCCACCGCCGAUGCCUUUGUUGCCACUCCCGAAGAAGCCCUUAUGGAUAAGCGAUUCAGCAAGGCUGCUUUCCCUCUCCAGGCUGGUGAACACGAACUCACCAUCAGCAUUGCCAACUCUCCAUAUGCUUCCGGUACCGGUGCCCUCCGUGUCGUUCAGCAGCUCCAAUCCCUCUAUAACAAGAAGGGUUGGGAUGAUGAUGAUGAUGAUGACUGGGAGGACAAGAAGUGGGGCAAGAAGUGGGGAGACGACAAAUGGGACGACAAGAAGUGGGGAGACGACAAGUGGGGAGACGACAAAUGGGACGAUAACAAGUGGGAUGGCAAGAAGUGGGACGAUAACAAGUGGGACGAUAACAAAUGGGACGACAACAAAUGGGACGAUAACAAGUGGGACGACAAGAAGGACUGGGGUUGGGACAAGAAGAAGACCAUCUACGUCUAUCACACAGUUGCCGCCAGCAACAUUCCUACCCUCACUGUUGUCACUGCUACCCAAACCUUGACAAGCACCGUCACCCUACCCACAACCGGUACCCUCUUCACCACCCAAACCAACACCAUCGUCGUUCCCCCAUCUUAAAUGACCAUUUUAUUGCUAUAAUUGCUUUUUUGGCUUUUUCUUUCCUUCAUAAUCCAACUGCACAAAAAAUAAAAAGCUGUCCUUAUAGAAUUAGAAAAAAAUACAAGGAAAAAAAAAGUUAUAUAACUCCGUUUCGUCAUUGUGUUGCCAUGGCCGCGCGCAUGAGCCAGCUGGAGAUGAA